AGUUUUCUAUCAGAUAACGUGACAACCAAAAAAUCCCGAUUUUAUAACGUACGAAAGAAAAAAAAAUAUGAAAUAUUUAAGUUCGUCAAUAUUUCAAGGUGUCAUUCUCGGUUGGAUUUCUUCCACUUUGAUAUUGAUAUUUGCAAUUUUUGUGGGAAUGUGGAGCAAAAUAAUGGGACUUGAUGUCGUGUGGAAUUUGCGUGUUGGUUUAUUUUUAACCGUCGUAAAUGUGACUACAAGAGUAGUAUCUUUUAUUGCAUGUUUCAUGAUGCCGGCUAUUUUAGCAGGAAUGCUUGUCUUAAAUAAAAUACCAGUGUUGACCGGGUCUGGUGCAAUGAUUAGUCAAUUAAUAGAAGCAUCUAUAACUCGUGGUCCAUUAUGUACUUUAAAAGCCUGCUUUAACUCAGGUAAAACUCGUACACUCGCUAUUGUUAUUGCCUCAGUCUUAGUUUGGCAAUAUACAGUAUCAUUAUCUGAUUUGUAUCUCCAUUUAACUGCUGUCGGAAAGUCUCAACAACUUCCUGGAUUAAUGGUUCCAAGCGCGAGGUCAUUAGAUAUAGCAACUAAUUGUUCCUUAUCCCACACUGAUACUUGUUCUAGAUUUAAACGUGGAAUGACAAAUCCAGGUAAAGCAUUACAAAUAUAU